AUGUAUGAGCAUUACAAGAAAGGGCAACUUAUCUCAUCUACAUUUAGUGAGCAAAUUUGGCGUGAAAUCGGUGUUGAGUUGUCUGAACGUAAUAGAGCACAAUACACCAUUGCGCAACUUAAAGGUAAGGCUACCAGGCUUCGGAUGCUUUGGCGUAAGUUUUAUGAUUUGGUAUACAAACGGACUGGCUUUGGUUGGGAUCCAACUACGUACACUGUGACUGCCAGUGAGGAUCGUUGGGCUGAGUGGGUAGCGGCUAAUCCGAGAGAGUCUGGCUUGGGAAAGAAGGGUCUUCCUCAUUUUGAUUUAUGUACUGAGAUGUUCUGCGCUUCUGUAGCCACCAGCAAUAUCGCUCGUUCCUUUGCCAUGCCUCCUUUCGACAAUAAUGACCACGAUGAAGUUGAUGUAAGCCAUCCUACAAUGGAUACUGGUAAUCCACUCUCAUCCGGGGCUGUGAAAAAUCCAAGAGCAGCAAGAGGAGUUCAGCGAAAAGGGGGUCAAAGUGAUUGUUCAAAUAGAAUUGUGUCGCGCUUUUAG